AUUUAAGCUUCAAUCGACCGUCACUCCCAAUUUGGUCGUGUCCCCAACCGUCGAGAACCUGGCAAAUUACCGCAUCAAUAUCGGCCUACUGGACAAAGCUCUAACAGCAUUAAACCAUGGGCUUUACCACCGGCUUUACCGGCGGUGUCACGCUUACCCUCUCCCUCGCCUAUCUCUCAGUGCUCGCCCACCAGCGCACUCGUGAGCAACAAGGCUCAGCGCUUCGCGCCCAAGCUCUCGCUCUCCAGGGCUUGAUCGACCCUCUGCCACCGCUGCCACCACCUACACGGUCCGAAGUUGCUGCAGCUCAAAGGGCCAAGACUGUCGAGAUUGCCAAGGACCGAUGGAACACUGAGGUCGAAAACGCAGCACGAUGGGUGCAGCAUACCGAUUGGGUCCAAGUACGCGAAGGUCUUGAGGACACUGCAUCACGACUCUGGUCUCGAGCCGUUGGUGCCAGCCCCUCAGAAGUUGCUGACCAGGCUGGACAAAAAGCAAAGGAGGCCGAGCGACGAGCUAAGCCUGUCGUGAAGGAAGAGGCUGCCAAGCUCGGUGAUGCCAGUGGAAAGGUCGCGGCUGCGGCUAAGAGCGCUUACAAAAAGGCAAAGGCCGAGACCAAGGAGUUUGCCAGCGUUAUCCUGGAUCACAGCAAGGAUAAGGAGAAUGUUGAUAUUGCUCAGGAGGAUGGAACUCUUUCCGUACUGACUCCUGUGGAGCGAGCUCUUCAGCAACGAUUCAACAAGCCCGAGGACAAGGUGAACAAGACAGUGGAGGACGCACUGAAGGAGAGAUACAAGCCUAUGGACUCCAGGGAUAACACACAACUGAGGGGAGUCUAAGGGUGUCGAACAAAAAAAGAUUGGAUGACGGGUGAUGCGUGAAUGGAGAGAUGUGAGUUAUUUUCUGUACACUGCUACUGUACCACUAGUUCUUUGAGCCACUCAAAUAGAAACCAAGCUUAGGAAUGCUUGAUAUGAUCAACUGAGCUGCAGUUUGGAGUGAGCUCAUAUGAUAAUGGGGGGUUGAUAAUCACUUUUGAAAAUGAGUAUAUAUACGACAGUUUGAGCCUGCCUUGGAAUUUAUUUUCUUCGCUAUAGCUCAUAUUCCGAAUUCUAAAUACCUACCUAGAUAUAUCAACCAAACGCCGGUAUUCGACAGCCAUGACCACUGUGUCUGGCGAAGGCUCCCAGCCGAGGAGCAGCAAGCACCACAAAAGUCGACAUAGCAAGAGUCAUCAUAGCAAGAGUCAUGGCCAUAAAAGUAGGAGGGGCCGCCAUAGUGGUGGUAGUGACAUACAUCGUCCUAGCAAGCCACCUUUUUUCGUUACCCUUUUUUGCUGCGCUGAUUCUUGGCCGAGCCCCAGAAAGAAGCCAGUGGGAAGCCAAGAUCGCACGGACAUGG